AUGGCCGUGCAACUGCAGCUGGUCGACCGAACGGAGAUGGCAGGUAUUGUUUGGUACCACAUCCGGGUUGUCGAGAAUGAGAAGCAGUGGCUCGUGAAGAAAACCUACGAUGAGUUUGCACAUCUGGAUGCAAUGCUUUCUACACCUACGUCACCCUUUGUGAGACCCGCUUUCCCUGAGAAAGGUACCUUCGGUUUCCGAGCAAUGUUCAACAUCGGCGACUUCAACGAGAAGCGCCGAGUCGGCCUUGCCAACUACCUGGCACAGCUUGCACAGCAGCUGAAAUCCCUUGCUCAGCUGCCAGCGCUGCAGCGAUGGUUGCAGCCGGCAGCAGCUCCGGCUUACGCACCGGCCUAUGCCCAGCCAGCAGUGGCUGCUCCAGUGGCCAACCCCAUAGUAGCACCAACUGCGAUGCCGGCAGUUGCAGUAGCCUAUCCCCAGGGACCAACAAUGCCUGCUGCAGCAGUUGCAGUUGCGCAGGCCCCGAUUGAUCCGACGCAAGCAAUGACGGACAUUGCCCCCUCGGCUCCAGCUUUUUGCCCUGAAUAUUCGCAACCACUUGCGAAUCCAGUUGUUCAGCAGGCAGUACAGCCUGUGUUGGCUGUGGCUGCGCAGCCACAGCAAGAGGCCACACAACCCCUCGGACAGGCCGGACAGGCUGUGCCAGCACAAGCGGUUGUCAAUCAGGCACAGCCUGUGGUGGGGCAGAUUCCUGUUGAGCCUCAAGCUUUGCCUGCAGUGGGGCAGCCUGUAGGCCAAGCGAUGCCGGUGCAGCAAGCAGUGUCCGGAGAAGCAAUUCCAGCGCAAGUGCAGCCUGUCAUGGGGCAGGCGAUGCCUGUGACUGGGCAGCCUGUACCAGUGCAGGCCAUGAUAGGCCAGGCACAGCCUCCAGCCGCGCAGGCUGUUGUAGCUCAGGCUUUGCCGGCAGUGGGCCAGCCCGUCGCAGGACAGGCAGCAGUGGGGCAGGCCGCACCAAUACAGCAAGCCGUGCUAGGGCAAGCCGUGCCAGUACAAGCCAUGCCGGUGCAAGCUCAGCCUGCGGUCGGGCAAGUGGCUGUGCCAGGGCAGGCUUUGCCCGUGCAAGCUCAGCCUGCAAUGGGACAAGCGGCUAUACCACAGCAGGCUUUGCCAGUUCAAGGACAGCCGGUGAUGGGCCAAGCGGUGCCAGUGCAAGGCACACCCAUGAUGGGACAAGCCGUUCCGAUGGGCCAAGCAGUUCCAGUACAAGCACAACCCUUCCCAGGAGCUCUGCCGGCACAGGGCAUGCCUAUGCCAAUGGCUCAAGGAUUCGCACAAGGAGUGCCGGUGCAGGGGCAAGCCUUCCCUGCGGGCCAAUCGAAGUCAGGCUUUGGUCUGGGCGAUGGUGCGAAGCUAGCGGCGGGCGUUGCUGGCGCUGCGGGGCUGGCGGCUGGGCUGGGCGCCAUGCUCGGGGUCCACCGCACUGGCCACGAUUAUGAUUCUGGACAUCAUGCUGGGUAUGGUUCUGCUGGCUUCUCUGGCUUCUCCGGCCACCACCACGACCAUCACCAUCACCACCAAGAAUGGGGAUACAACCGCCACGAACACCAUCACGAAGGGCGCUGCUUCAAAUGUGAAGGUCGAGGCUUCGUUCACGACUCGUCCAUGAACCACGACAAAUCCUGGGAUGAGCGCUGCUUCUUUUGCACAGACUGCUCCGGCUGCAGUGGCAGAGGCUACAUCUCUCAGGGCCACGGCGGCUUUGGAGGCUUGGCAGGCAAGGAGCGCUGCUACAAGUGCCAUGGCCGUGGCUUCUCCCACGACUCCUCCAUGAGGCAUGAUAAGGAUGAAGACGAGAGGUGCUUCUUCUGCACAGACUGCACUGGCUGCAAUGGGUCUGGCCACAUCUCUGGCGGUGGGCUCGGCGGCUUGUUUGGACGCGGUGCCCAGCGAUGCUAUAAGUGUGAUGGGCGGGGUUUUUCCCAUAAUUCCUCCAUGAACCAUGACAAGGACAGCGAUGAGAGGUGCUUCUUCUGCGAAGACUGCACCGGAUGCAACGGGAGAGGUCAUUUGUGA